GUUGAUCACCGUAACCCUUAGAUCAGCUUCAAGAUGUCCGGAGGUUUAGAUGCUCUCGCUCUCAAAGAGGAAGAUGUUACAAAGUUUUUAGGAUGCUCAACACACUUGGGUGCACAGAAUGUUGACUUUCAGAUGGAACAGUAUGUGUAUAAAAGGAAGCCAGAUGGUGAAUAUUUGGUCAAUUUGAAAAAGACUUGGGAAGCUUUGCUGCGGCUGGCCCCUUGCUGAAAUUAAAACCCAGCGUGUGUGCAUCAUCUCUGCCAGGCCUACGGUCGGUCUGUUUUGAAUUUGCUUCUGCGCAGGAGCACACCAAUUGCUGGUCGAUUUACACCUGGAACAUUCACCAACCAGAUCCAGGCUGCAUUUAGGGAACCACGCCUUUUAGUUGUCACAGACCCAAGGACUGAUCACCAGCCAGUGACUGAGGCUUCGUAUGUGAACAUUCCUGUUAUUGCUCUCUGCAAUACAGACUCGCCUCUUAGAUAUGUGGACAUCGCCAUCCCGUGCAAUAAUAAGGGACCACAGUCCAUUGGUUUGAUGUGGUGGUUGCUCGCACGUGAAGUACUUCGUCUCCGUGGUACAAUCAGCCGUGAACAUCCAUGGGAAGUUAUGGUAGAUCUCUACUUCUACAGAGACCCAGAAGAGGCUGAGAAGGAAGAGCAGACAGCCAUUGCAGAGAAAGCAGUAACCAAGGAGCAACCUGACCAGUGGGCUCCAGACAACGUACCCCAGAUGCAGCAACCUGAAGUCACUGACUGGGCUGCCGAGACAAUGAACACACAGCCAACUAUUGGAGGACAGUUCAGCAUGGGUGCAUCUGUACCUCCACCUACUGAUGAAUGGUCCGCUACUGACGAUUGGUCCAAACAGGUCCCUGCUCCUACAGGAACAGGAACAGGACAGGCUGCGCCCCCAACAGCCCAGUGGGGUGGAGAUGCAGUUGAAAACUGGAGUUGAAGGACUUUUAUUAGUUAUAAAGAAGUUCAGAUGGGGAAAAAACCACAAAUGGAUGAAUGAAAAAUUUAAAAAUAAACACUAUACAGUAUAUAA